AUUUCUUUGGCGUGCGAUAACCUUCGCCGGCGGCAUUCCGUCAGACCCGGCCACGCUCGACUCCUCUAGUUUCUGUCACUUCAAAAUAGCUCUGUAUCUCAUCAGCAGUAUUCGUUCAAGGAUCCGGCUCUACUUCGCUUGCUUACUAGCGAGUACACUUGGCGGGCGGGUCAGUUCCCCGGCUGUGGGCUUUUGUUAAUACUAAUUUGCCAUGCACCUUCUGCAAGAGUAUCUGUACCCAUGUAUACUAGUUAAACUGCGUCUGAGGCCUGAUCGCAGGAAGCCAGCUUUGUGCGGCUGAGAGGGCCCACCGUUCCCUCCAUAAGGAGCUCGUAAGAGUAUAUUCAACGUUGUUUAAUGCAAAUGAUAUAGAGCCAAGGCAAAAGGGCGAGCGGAUGGCACUCCCCGCCCGCCCGCCAGGUCGUACGACCUCGCCGAGCAGGCUGAUAGAGCCCCGUGCGGAGACGUUUCUUCCUGCAGGCUCGCGACAAACACCGUGUCGCGCUGCCAUUACCACAUAGGCAAGCUGUGCUCCGUUGUUAGUACAAAACAGAACGUGGCGAACGAUUUUAAACCGGUUCGAUUACACACGGCCUGGGGCGCUGCUGAGCUCUCUAUAAUCUCUAGGCUCUUCUAAUGAGGAGCCUGGGGCUGCUCGUCGCGGUUCUCGCGCUAGCGAGCACUGCGCGGUCGCAGUCAGAUGACCUUGAUGUUCUAGCCAGGGCAGCUGCUGCCCGUGGUGAUCCUGACUUCCCCUACGCGACGUGCACGCGUUCGCCAUCGAGGAGCAUCUACUCGACUCUGCCGGUGACCACCAACCCGGCGCCCAGCACCUAUUGCUGGACCAUCCGCGUUAGCCAGUCGCAGUGCACGACGCAAAAUGCUUGCUGCAGCGCUGAUGUCCACAAGAUGGAGCUGGAUGUUGACGCUGCGUGCGAUGUGCCGAGCCAAAAGGUGACCGCCACCAUCAACGGCAAGCCCACGCCUCAGGCGGCUGACAUUGUUAAGCCGCCCAACGCCGCGGACUACCAGCGCACCCUGCGUAUCCCCGGCCUGGCCCUGAACGCGGGCAACGCCAAUAACGCCGUGGUUUGCAUCAAGCUGACGGGUCCUUGCGACACGCUUGCCAAGCUGACUCCCAACGACGUGUGGUCCACUGCCCUGUGGUCGACCAGUCACGAGUGCUGCCCCAUCAGCCGCGGCGCCUCCCCCCCGCCCCCCUCUCCCCCUCCUCCCCCGCCCCCGUCCCCUCCUCCUCCCCCGCCCCCGUCCCCUCCUCCCCCUCCCCCUCCCUCCCCUCCGCCUCCCUCCCCUCCUCCCCCUCCCCCUCCCUCCCCUCCGCCUCCCUCCCCUCCCCUCCCCUCCGCCUCCCUCUUCUCGAUCAUUCCUCCCUCGGAGUACCGCGAGCUCUACACCUUCACCCCUGAGCUGUGCGCGCGCGUCGCCGAUCGCGUUGUGGACGAUCUGGCCACGAUUGCCUCGGACUCCGAUGCCCGCCUAAUUAAGGACUUCGCCCUCAGCGAGUGCGUCGCCAGCUACGAUGUCACCACCAACUCUUAUCCCUACAUGACAAUUUGUGGCGAGUUUUUCUCCAAGGAGGACGGUGACCGCAUGCCGGAGCUGAGCGACGCGAUGGAUUCCUGGAUCGAGGAGGUCUCGGCUGCUUCAUGGGUGAGUCGUAUAAGCAGUGCGCGCCUCUGCCGCCGCCGUCGCCCCCUCCUCCCCCGCCGCCGCCGCCCCCGCCUCCCCCGCCGCCGGGGCCUCCUCCUCCUCCCCCGCCUCCUCCCCCGCCUCCUCCCCCGCCCACGCCACCCCCUCCCCCUCCUCCUCCGCCCACGCCUCCUCCCCCGCCGCCUCCUCCCCCCUCCCCCGCCGCCUCCUCCCCCGCCGCCUCCUCCUCCUCCCUCCCCACCUCCUCCCCCUCCCCCUCCCCCGCCUCCUCCCCCGUCGCCGCCUCCUCCCUCGCCCCCUCCCCCCUCGCCUCCUCCCCCCUCGCCGCCUCCCCCUUGCUCCACGGUUUGUGUCACCUGGGUGCGCUACAACGGCCGCACCAACCAGCAGGUCUGCAACGAGCUCGCCAGCACCGUUCAGGCACUUGCCAUGGAUAAGGGCUACGAGCUCGCUACGGACUUCUUCUGCUCCCAAGUGAACAUCUCGGCACCUCGCCCCAACGGCCGGCCCGCGAUGCGCGUGUGCGGUGACUUCAAGCUGGAGUCUGAGGCUCGCGAGUUCGGCACCUACCUCAGCGAUGGCGGCGGUUUCCGCGACGAUCUGGCGCCCGCGAUUGGCUUCGGCAACUACAUCGUGCCGGUGUUCGGCCAGCGUAUUUGCCUCGUCUCCGAGCUGUCUUACGUCGUCACCGACCGCACCGGCAAGAUUUGCGACCAGUUUACCUAUUCGCAGGGCUGCGCGCCGCCGCAGGACGAGUUCCCCUACUGCACCUGCAAGCCUGGCGCCAUGCUGUCGACGCCCUACAACCUCACCUACACCCGCAAGUUCGCGAGCAACGGAAACAACAACUACUGCUUCCGCGUCAACGUGGACACCCAGCGCUGCGUGGGUCGCUGCUGCAGCAUGGACCUAGACAAGGUGGAGUGGAUGAGCGACCUGAUGAACUGCCGCUACGCGGUCGCGGGCUUCACCGUUUCCACCAAGCCCAACGCUUUCAUCGCGCCGGUGUGGGCGACCCAGACCGACAACCUGAUCGACGCCUCUGGCCCGGUCAACGUCGCGGUGCUCAAGACAAACAACCUCAAUCUAGACAUCCGCAACUCCAACGGUGUGGAGAUCUGUAUUGCACUCAAGGCCACCGGCAAGUGCCCAACCCUGGAGGACUUCUGCUACGAUGGCCUGUGCAAGUACGCUAUCUUCGACCGGUCGGCUGGCUGCUGCGCGAACGACUUCGCGGAGGGCAACGACUUCGGUUACAACCGUCGUCGUUAAGCGGUUGGUUGGCAGCCGCCUUGUCACGGCUCGCAGCGGCCGAGCCAGGCGGAUGCACCGCCACUUCUCGUGGCUGCGCAACCGUCAAUUAGUCAGUUUGCUUGACUCGAUAACCAUGUAUACGUUCGCAUAGGCGAUCGUUGCAUUAACCAAUGUUGGUGCGCUGGCGGCGUGUGGUGACUCUAGCCCACCUCAGACCGGAGCUGCGGCGUGGAGAAGCUGUAAUGGGCUGUUCGAAACGUCGGCGCAAGGACGGAUGUGAGCGAUGUGUCCCGCCGCAACAAGCGACAGAACUGACGUGCAACAUGACAGUGUCUUGCAUUGUGCGGGUUGGCCAAGGGUUCCUGUUCGGAGCGUUGCUAAGCAGCAGGCUGCCAAGAGUGGGCGUGCCAUGCUCUUUCGCCGUCCGCAGCCUCUGCGGCAACCGCUAGCAGAAUCGCAGGGUUGAUGUGCGUGCGUGUGUGCGUGUUGAAAGAUGUCAGGAGACAAUCAUAUGCAAUGAACAGGUAGAUGCCAAGUUGUUUUGUGUGAAGGACUGAAGGCGCGCGUCCGCGCAGAAAUGCUGCUGGUGCUGCGAGGGUACACUGCAGGAUGUUCCCAGGGCCCCCUUCAGGCCUUCACCACCUCUCUCUCUCUUUGUAUUCGGUGCGGACGCCUCGUGGUGUGCACAGUUUUAUGGCAGAUAUGUUCUCGUCUACUGCAAUAUCAUGGUUACAUGCUUAGGAGGUUUCAGAUGAUGAAAGCCUGCCAGUGCCUUCCCUUGCUCCCACCAGUUGUGGGGCCGCGCCAGCCUCAGUCAGGCCAUCAGCUAGUAAAGCGCAACGCGGCCGAGGUUUGCCAUAUGGACGACGGUUGGUUGGUUUGGUUGUGUCGGCGGUUCGGCCGUUUGGCACGUUUUGCGCGGCGCCGCGUGUGUACGGUUGUGGUGUGGGAGCAGUGAGAGCGAUGCGGGUGCACGCGCACAGGCUGCAGAGCGCAGGCGCUCCGCUGCUGCCGGAUAAUGUAAUGGACGGUCAUA